ACUAAAAUGAAAAUUAUAAUACAAGUUUGAAAACAUACAAAAUACAAAAAUUGUAAUAAUUUUUUCAUAUGCUGAUUUUUAAACAAUUAUUUUUAAACAAAAAACAAUUAUUUUUCGUGCAAAAAAAACAAUCAAAAUGGUUGCGACAAUAUUGAAAAAAUUUUAUUAUUACGAUCACAUUCGCAAUAGUUUAGUGAUAGAUGAGAGUUCGAUAACCUAAGCUUGAUAGAAUGAUUUUUCAAUUGAUCAUCAGCUGGAUGUUGGUAACAGUUUUUUGGAAUAUCACGAUAUGGUACGAAAUUGAAAGGUGAAGAAAGAUUUUAACAUGAUUGGUAUGCAUCACAAUCAAGAUUUAACAACAUUAGUAAUCAGACAAACAACGUUAUAAAUCUCAAAAAUUCCAGUCAUAAAAAAAGAAUAACACAAAGUAUGGCUACAUAUCUGGAAUAACAAUCCUUGGCUUCCCAGCAGAAAUGUACGUGUAUGGAACACAAUUAUGGUGCGUGGUUAUCGCCGAUUCGUUCGUCUCAUUGACAAUGGCCGUGGUAUAUUUACCAGUAUUUUACGGUCUUGGCAUUACUUCAUCAUACGAGUAUCUCAAUCUGCGAUUCAAUGGCGUUGUUCGAUUUAUGGGCUCCGCGAUAUUUCUGAUAAAAAUGCUGUUGUACAUUCCACUGGUCAUAUACGUUCCUGCUCUGGCGUUCAAUCAAGUUACCGGAAUGAAUCUGCACGCGAUCGCGGUGCUGGUCUGCGCCGUUUGUAUAUUUUACACCACUUUGGGUGGCUUAAAGGCGGUCGUAUGGACUGACGCUAUUCAGACGAUCGUCAUGUUCGGAGGAGUGAUAGUAAUAGCUGUGAUCGGGACUAAUCAAGUGGGAGGAUUUAGCGAAGUUUGGAAGAGGAAUCGCGACACUGAUCGAAUCCAAUUCUUCGACAUGAAUUUAGAUCCGACGGUGCGGCACACCUUUUGGACCGUUGUCAUCGGCAACUACUUAAACUGGUUGGCAAGCUGUUCCGUCAAUCAAGCGAUGGUGCAACGAUGCUUGGCCAUGCCCAAUUUACGAAACGCUAAUAUAACAAUUGCGAUCAUGGCAAUCGGAAUAAUUACUAUCGUAUCACUGAGUUGCUACACCGGCAUUGUUAUCUUUGCGGCGUUCCACGAUUGCGACCCCAUUUCUACCAAGCAAAUAAAAAAACCGGAUCAAUUGUUGCCGUUUUUCGUAAUGCAAUUGACUGAAUCAAUCCCAGGAUUGCCUGGACUUUUCGUCGCGGGUGUGUUUAGUGCAGCUCUCAGCACGAUGUCAACUGGUUUGAAUUCCAUGUCCGGUGUGAUUUAUGAAGACAUGAUAAAACCAUGGCUGCGAAUACCACUCUCUGAAAUAGCAGUUAGCAGAUUAAUGAAAUUGACUGUUGUAUUAACGGGAAUACUCUGCGUAACGCUCGUCUUCCUCGUCGAGAAACUUAGCGGUUUGAUUCAGGCAGGUAAAAGUUUAGCGAGCAUUACAGCGGGACCAUUACUUGGAAUUUUCACAUUAGGCAUGUUUUUUCCAGUCGCAAAUUCUUCGGGAGCGCUGGUUGGAGGUUUAAUAAGUUUGAAUCUAGUCGCUUGGAUCUCAUUUGGUACUCAAGCAGCCAUAUCUAGUGGAAAAAUUCAUUUUCCUGUGAAACCAGUAUCUAUCGAAGGGUGUUCAGAAUCACUCAAAAAUCAUGUUACCAAUCUUUCGCUUAUCGUCGAAACUGCGAUCAAAGAACAACCCUUCUUUCUCUACAGAAUGUCAUAUCUUUGGUAUACAUGGGUCGGUUUCCUAACCGCAAUUCUCGUUGGACUUCUCGUUUCAUGGAUUACAGGAUUAAAUAAAUGCAAGCCGGGUGAUGAAAAACUAUAUACACCUGUGAUUCGCAGCUUUUUACGUGAUUCCACCAUUAUUACAAAACGAGAACAGGAAACUGUUGUGGAACUUGAAAAAAUGGACAGGAGUGUAACGAAAGUUUGAAAAAUUAUCUGCUUUUCAUUUAAAUAUUCGUGAGUUUCUGAAUUUUCACAAGAAAAGGAGAUGAGUUGUGGAAAUUACGUUGCGAUCCUAGCAUUAAAAAAAAGAUGAAAUAGGCACAAAUAUAUGUACAGACAUCUGUGCAUGUGUGCAUAUAUACGUAUAUUAUACAUGUAUAUGUAUGUACGCAUAAUAUACAUAUAAUAUGCCCACGCGCGCGCACACAUAUAUUUUCUUGUAUUUUCAAUUUACAAACUUUGUACAAAGAAUAAUUACAAAGAGAACAUUUACUAAAAUAGGAAAAAUGUAAUAAAAAAGACGAAGAAAAGAAGAAAAAAGAGCAGGAAAAAAGAUACACAGAAGAACAUAGAAACGAUUCCCACGUUUAUAUAAUACGCACGUUCGUUCUAUUUAGAAAUUAUCAAAUCUGCAUCUUACAAAUAUCAAAUGUUUCUCUCUUCCUUUUCUUCCAUGAAUAAACAUUUGAUCAUUUCUUUAGCUAAUUGUAAACAUCAUCGAUAUCAUCGCUACUAUCACCACCGUUGUCAUGUGUAGUAUAAUGCAUAAUUCACUCUCGUGAAACUGUGCAUUCAUUUCUAUUUUCAUGAUCAAAAAUACGGCAUUUCGUCUAUUAACUUACGAUCACACAUUGAUCGCCCUUCAAUCCAUAAAAUCAAUUUGUUGAACUCUUGUCUUUUCAAUUUCGUAUUUCUUUUGAAUAUAAGAAAGUAUACGGUUUAAGAAGCAAGAGGUGACAUGCCAAUAGUCCUAGGAUCUUGUUGACCUGGUUGCGCUGGAGGUCCCGGUUGUGGACCAGUUUCUAAAUUCUUCAAAAGUUGAUUUAACCAAUGUUUAGUAGAUGCGUCCUCUUGCAAACAUGUUGCAAAUGUAUUAUCUCUAAGUUGAUCUGGCAAACAUUGUCUGAGCGCUAACAAUGCUCUAUAAAAUAUAUUUAUAUGUUUAUUUGUUUA